GUUUGAGAUCCGGGACAUAUCAGAUCAGGCCGGCUUUUUUCAAAAAGCUUAUAGAGAAAGUGCCAGGAAGCGUGCUUGGACCCGCCUUCAACGCCAUGGCGCCAACAGAAGGCCUUCGCUUUUCUGUUGGCGAUCGGGUCUCUUGUAACAUGGGCUCUGACGGCUGGGCCAGUGGUAAAGUUGUGGCGCUAAACUACCGGGAGGAUCACUGGCCACCAACGAAGACUGCGCCUUAUCAGGUGGAGCUAGAUCCCGCCUAUGGUAGUGCCCUUAUCUUUGCACCGCUGGACCAGCCACGAGUCAUUCGAGCAGAGAUGCCAAGCACCUUCUCGCUUCCGGAGGAUGGCAGGGAGGCAGCUGAAGUGGUGGAGGAAUUGAAGGCAGAGACUGCUAAACUUCAGAAGGAGCCAUGCAUUGUGAGCGUGCUUGGUCCAGAGCUGAUGGCCAUCGCAGAGGACGGCACUGAGAUGUUCGUGCCGAAGGAUGCUGGGCCUUGGCUCAUCACGCUCACCAUGAUGGGUCCAGCAGACACCGCCUACGGAUCCAAUCUUCGAAUUCAGCUGAAAGUGAACUCUGCGUGGCCAAAAUCUCCUGCAGAAGUUCGAGUGCACAGCUGGAUUCACAGCCCCUUCCUGAAACAAAACGGGGUGCUGGAUGAGGCUGCACUGGCUGAGGCCGUGUCAGCUGCGGAGAGCGACUCACCUCUUUGCAAGACCGUGCGAGCAGCUAGGGCCUUACUUUGUGAGCCCACCAAAUUCUGUGAAGAAGAUGGGACAGAGUCGGCUGAGGAUGCAUGUGAGUCCAACCAGGAGCGUUUCCAGGUCAUUUCGCAGUACAGCGCCAUGCGUCAGCACGAUUGGCUUUUUGACCCGCAGAAGGCUUACACAGCCGAUAGCAUUCAUCCAGAUUAUUGGAAGGCAGUUUCCGUGAACACUCCGGAAGCGUGGUCAUCUAUUGUGACAACAGAAGUUGAGGAGGUAUUCUCGGUUCCUUUGUUCAAGCCUGAGCUUUGUGAGGCGUUUGUGGAGGAGCUUGACAAGUUUCAUGCUACGGGCCUUCCUGCACGAAGGCCAAACAGCAUGAACAACUAUGGCAUUGUUGUCAAUGAAAUUGGCAUGGAGCCAGCUUUGGAUCAGCUUUGCCAUUCUUUGCUACAGCCACUUGCACAUUACCUCUUCCCUGGUGUUGGGUCCCAAUUUGACCGACACCACACCUUUGUGGUCCGCUACAAGGUCGGGGAAGACUUAGGGUUGGAUAUGCACACAGACGAUAGCGAUGUGACCUUCAACAUUUGUUUGGGCAAAACCUUCAAAGGCGCAGGCCUGCAGUUUUGUGGAAACCAAGGGUCUGCAAAUCAUCGGAAAGCAAGCCUCCAAUAUCAGCAUAAGCUUGGCCACUGUGUGGUCCAUCGUGGCCACCGCCGCCAUGGUGCAGAUGACAUUACUGAAGGUGAGCGCCUCAAUCUGAUUGUAUGGGCUCGGAAUAUUGAAUAUCGAAGAUCACGCCAUUGGUCCAGAUUCAAUGUGCAAAGCCGCUCAACUGGCUACAAGCGCGAAAGCGGGCCUCCUGACCCAGUAUGCCUCUCCUUUACACACGAUCGCGACUACGGUGUUUUCAAGGAGUAUGUGGGCAGCAAACAGCGGCAUCGUGGGAAAGGCUGGUGUCCUCCAGUUCAUGCCGAGUACGAUGGCUUCAUGGGGGAGGAACCUUUGGAUGAUUAGCUUGCAAAGUGCAUGGAUGCCGUGCUGGAACCAACUGUACAUACUCUAGAUGCAGGGCUUGAGUGCGAAGACACGGCUUGCGUGCCAUUCAUGUCAUAUCAUUUGCGAAGUUUCAUAGGGAGCGUUGCUCCCAGCCAAGUAAGCAGUCUUUGUCGCAAAGACCGUCUGAGAAAAGAACCAUUGUAUGCCCAGAGGUGCUGGAAAAGCCCCCACAUGGAUGCC